AUGACCUUCGACGUCGAUGCCGUACUGGCCAAAUUGAAUCAACAUGACAAAAUUGCACUUUUGUCUGGGACGGACUUUUGGCACACUCACCCUAUCCCCGAGCACAACGUUCCCUCCAUCCGAGUCACUGACGGCCCCAACGGCAUCCGAGGCACCAAAUUCUUCGCCGGUGUACCUGCCGCAUGUCUCCCCUGUGGCACCGCCCUAGGCGCAACAUGGGACAAAUCCUUACUUCGACAAGCUGGUAAUUUACUCGCUCAAGAAUGCCUCGCCAAGGGAGCCCAUUGCUGGCUGGGACCAACCGUCAAUAUGCAACGUUCUCCUCUUGGUGGUCGUGGGUUUGAGUCUUUUGCUGAAGAUCCGCAUUUAUCCGGCAAGUUGGCUGCCGCGAUGAUUCUUGGUUGCGAGCAAGAUGGAUCAGGGGUUAUAUCGACGGUCAAGCAUUUUGUGGGGAAUGAUCAGGAACAUGAGAGACGGGCAGUGGAUUGUUUGAUCACUCCACGUGCGUUGAGGGAAGUGUAUUUGCGGCCGUUCCAGAUUGUUGCGAGAGAUGCGAACCCGGGAGCGAUGAUGACUUCGUAUAAUAAAAUUAAUGGGAAGCAUGUAGCUGAUAACCGGGAACUGUUAGAAGGCAUAGUGAGAAAGGAGUGGCAGUGGCAGCCGAUGAUUAUGAGUGAUUGGUAUGGAACGUACACCACGAUAGACGCCAUGACAGCAGGGCUUGAUCUUGAGAUGCCUGGUUUGUCUAGAUACCGUGCGAAAUACAUCGACUCUGCAGUCCAAGCACGCCUUAUCAAGCAGUCGACAAUCGAUGGCCGGGCUCGCAACGUACUUAACUUUGUGAAGAGAGGCAGCCAGGCCAGAGUUUCUCCUACCGAAAAAGGCCGUGACUAUCCGGAAGACCGAAAGCUCAAUCGUACACUAUGCUCUAACAGCAUUGUCUUGCUGAAGAAUGAGGGCAGUAUCCUUCCUCUGCCAAAGACUAUCAAGAAGAUAGCCCUGAUCGGUUCCCACGUGAAGCACCCACAAAUCUGCGGUGGAGGAAGCGCAUCUCUCCUUCCAUAUUACUCAGUGUCCCUGUACGACGCGAUCACUGAAGUCCUUCCCAAGGAUGCUAAGAUCACAUACGAGGUCGGAGCCUACACACACAACAUGUUGCCAGUCAUCGACCACAUGCUAAGCGGUGCCGUCAUGCAUUUCUACAACGAACCUCCUUCAAUACAAAACAGAAAAUUGCUUGGCACAGAACCUGUUACCAGCACAGCCUUUCAGCUCAUGGAUUACAACGAAAUUCCAGAGCUAAACCGUGCCUUAUUCUGGACAUCUCUGGUCGGGGACUUUACACCAGACAUCUCAGGUACAUGGGACUUUGGCUUGUCUGUCUUCGGAACCGCUAACCUUUACAUCGACGACGAGCUGGUUAUCGACAAUACAUCCAAGCAAACUCGUGGGACCGCAUUCUUCGGUAAGGGUACGGUGCAAGUGACUGGCUCAAAACAGCUUGCGAAAGAUCAAAAAUACAAGCUGCGCAUUGAGUUUGGUUCUGCCAACACCACAACUAUGGAGACAAUUGGUAUGGUCAACUUUGGCGGUGGAGCUGCACAUCUCGGUGCUUGUCUACGCAUGGAUGCGAAGCAAAUGAUUGAAAACGCUGUUCGAGCCGCUGCUAAUUCUGACUGUACAAUUAUCUGCACCGGCCUUAGCGGAGAAUGGGAAUCCGAGGGCUUCGAUCGACCACACAUGGAUCUUCCUCCCGGCGUCGACGAGAUGAUUACAAAGGUCCUCGAUGCGACUCAAGGUAAAGCCGUCAUUGUCAACCAAUCCGGUACACCGGUGACUAUGGCAUGGGCCGAUAAAGCUUCAUGUAUUGUUCAAGCCUGGUAUGGUGGGAAUGAGACUGGCCAUGGAAUUGCAGAUGUUUUGUUUGGUGAUGUCAACCCUUGCGCAAAAUUGCCACUCUCGUGGCCUGUUCAUGUCAGGGAUAAUCCGGCUUAUUUGAGCUUUGCGAGCGUUGGGGGUAGAGUACUUUACAGCGAAGAUGUUUAUGUUGGAUAUAAGUUUUAUGAAGCGACUGGGCGGGGGGUGUUGUUUCCUUUUGGUUACGGCCUCUCCUACACCUCAUUUGAACUUACAUCGUCAAUUAUCGCAAUUGAACCAGAGAUAUUUGACCCUGAACGGCCCAGCAUCGUGAGUUUUCGCCUCAAAAAUACCGGCCAACGAGCCGGCGCCCAAAUCAUCCAACUCUACAUAUCGGCACCCAACUCGCCUACACCGCGGCCAAUCAAGGAAUUACAUGGAUUUGAAAAGGUUUCCCUUGCACCUGGCGAAGAGAAGACAGUGAGCAUAACAAUUGACAAAUAUGCUACCAGUCUCUGGGAUGAGAUUGAGAGCAUGUGGAAAAGCGAGGGAGGAGAAUAUGAAGUCCUUGUGGGAACUUCUAGUGUGGAUAUUCUCGGAAAAGCAGUAUUGAAGGUUCCUGAGACGAGGUAUUGGUUGGGGCUCUAG